UCGUUAUGUAAACACUGCGCGGAGAAAUACUUGACAGGCACCCCGAAUUUUCACAGUAGGUUUUACCUAGUUUACCUCUUAAUGGUGAAAUAAUUUUCGCAGACUCUCUUAAGUAUUGUAAGGACAUGACACGCAGCUGUGAACAGUUCUGUGACCGGGUAAAAAUAAGGCUGAACGUAUAUUUAUUCUCAUGCUGUCCUGAGCCUUAGAUUAAGGGAUGGGUGUAAAAGGUCUGCAGAGCUUUGUGGAGCGAUGCUGUCCAGAAGCUUGUGUGACAGUGAACCUGCGAGAAAUGGCCAGACAACAUGUCGCCAAAAACCAGCAGAGCUGUACAUCCACCGCUAACAUCACCAGUCCCACACUUGUUGUUGAUGGCAUGUCCUGCCUAUGUCAUUGGUACUCGUGUAUGAACUGGGUGUGUGGAGGCCAGUGGAAGGAGUAUAUUGAUGUCCUGAAGAACUGGGUGGAGGCUUUUACCUCUGCAGGCAUCGAAUUAGUCUUUUUCUUCGAUGGAGUCGUGGAAGAGCAGAAGAGACCAGAGUGGGUGAAGAGGCGACUUAGGGUGAACAGGGAUAUUGUAAAAAUAUUUAACCACAUUAAAGAACAUGGAGAACAGCCUGGCAAACAGCUGUCUUGUCUGCCAUCUGCUCUGGCAACAUUCACCCCUUUGGCCCUCAGAUCACUGGGCCAGGAAGUGUUCUGCUCAGUGAGAGAGGCAGACUAUGAAAUUGCCAGCUAUGCUCGUCAGCAUGGCAGCUUGGGCAUCCUAGGGCAGGACUCAGACUUCAUCAUUUAUGACAGUGCUCCCUACUUGUCUGUGGCAAAGCUGCGAAUAAACAACCUAACAACUGUCAUGUAUGACCGGCAGAGGCUCUGCAGAAACAUUGGACUAACAGUUACUCAGCUGCCUCUGCUGGCCUGUCUGGUGGGUAACGAUGUGGUUUCAGAGGAGCACAUGCAGAAUAUCAGACACAAUGCUAUGGCAGCAUACAGGAGAACCAAUCCAGCACCAUAUUCCGGUCCUCCUCAGGGCCAGGUAGUUCUGGCUGUAGCCCAGUUUGUGAGGUCUUUGUAUGUUUCUGAAAAGGAAGAAACUGGACUUGUACCACAUUCUCUGAACAUAUCAUCUUCUGAAAGAGAGCUACUAAAGAAGGGAAUCUGCUCCUACUUCACACCUGGACACAAAGAUUAUGAACUGGUUGACCGUUCUGCUCCACCCUGUGCCUUUGAGAAGGAUGUUAGUCCUGAGAUUUUAAAGGCAUGUAGAGAGAAACAUGUAGCGGCGAAGGGUUUCAUGGUUUACAGUGUUGUGUGCGCUGGAGUCACCGAAUGCAGCAACUCUCUGGAGGACGAGGAGGACAAGGAAUUGCUGCCUCAGGCCAUCGUCUACAAACUGUGCAGACAACGCGUCUAUGGUUUGCUGCUGCUCAAAAAGGAUGGCAGCUCUGUGGAUGUUCCAGCAAUCAGAGAAUGGUUCGUCUUCCCUGGAAACCCUUUGAAAGAAGCGGACACGGUCCAUCCUGUCCCCAUUAACAUCCCAUGUGGUCAACCCAGUUUGGACCUUUUAUGGUUUAGCUCUGGUCCUGAGGUUUCUGCUCUUCGCCUUGCAGCCUUCCUUACAGUCUUUGACUGCCUCGACUAUUCUGACUUACAAGGAGAGAUUGAAGACACUCUCUUGGCGGCUCUAUGUCUCAUCACAUACAUAGUCCUUCAGGUACAAACUUUGUCAGAGGAGGACGUAGAUGCUUACCUGAGCCAGGCCGUGUGUCUGAGACUGAAAUCGCCCCUGGAGCUUCAGCAGAUUGAGCUGCCUUUCCUUUCUAGCCGAGCGGUGCAGCUGGGAUCUCUCUACAUCCGAGGUCUGAGCCACCUGCUGGGAGCUAACAAUGCCAGCGGCUGCCCGCUGCCCAGUGCUGCUCUGAUGCCUUGGCGCAGCUUCGACGGACGGCUGUUCCACUCCAAAUACCUGCUGGCACACAGCGGCAUGGAGAAAUCUGAGUUGCUCGACAGUGAUAUUUCCUGCCUUUCUCAGUUUGUUCAGCUGAAGGAGAAUCUAUUAGAAACCUGCAGGAAAAGAGACAGAGUCCUACAGUCCAGACCCAGAGUAACACAGAAAAAUCUUCAAACCCCACCUGGAGUGAGAUACAGAGGCACACACCCAGGUUUCUCUCCAAGAGUUGAUCAGGAUUGGAGAGAAGAGACAAAAAGAGAUCUUCAACAUGAACAAAGAUGGAGGGAAAGAGAGGAGGUCUGGAGAGAAGGAAGCGACCAUGGAAACCCAGAGAGACUCCAGUGGAGAGGAGGACACAGAAGAGGAGGUCCAAGUUUCCAAUCAUAUCAUUUUAACUCCUAUGAAGGACGACCCCUGAACUGGAACCAGCCUCGCAAACAGACCAGAGGUCGGCUGUAUCAAAACAGAGGGAGAUACCAACUGGCUCCCAGAUGGCAACCUCCUCCUGCUCCUUGAAUGCAACUCAAGCUUAAAGAGAGAGGAACUAAGGAUUAAAGAGGAGGACUUUAGAAAUGAAGAAUAUAAUAAAAGGCUUGAUGAAAAGGAAGAGUAGAUCGAAUUCCUCUGGGGAAACUGAUUAGCAAAUGAUCCUUGGAAAUGUUUGUCUAAAGGAUGAAGCAGGAAGAGACAUGAAGUUUAAACAGGACACACAAUGGUAAUAGUGCCAUGGUAUUUUACAAAGAAAUCCUGCUGCCUCUUCCUUUUACAGCAAAACUUUUAUUUAUUGGAACUGAAAAUUUAACUAAAUUUAAAAAAAAGCAUGCUUUAGUACUUAGAUGUAUUAACCGGGAGCUUGUUUCUGUCACCUAUCUUUGACAGCUGAAAGGAAACUGUGUGUAACCAGGGGUAUAAUGCUUUCUUAAGUAAUGGACUUUACCAGAGAAAUAAUAAUGCUUGUGUCAGGGAGCAAAUGAAACGGUUGUGUUAAAAACAAAAUUUAAUCCACAGCUGAAAGUUUGGUCAAACUAAAAUGUUUUCUAAUAUUAAUAAAAACAGAUUAUUUGUGCAUACUCAUUUUUACUCCGUCACUAACAAUAAACAGCAACAUGCCAA